AGUCGCUAGGGCUUUCAGAGCCGGAGCAGAAUCGGGCUCGUCGAUGAGCUCGGGCUCGAUUGGCUGGCCUCCCACGGUGGAGUAACGGUCGUAGAGGCGGGGCGGGAGGCGGCUGAGCCGGCCGGGCUGGGCGAGCUGCUGUAGAGAGGCGGCAGCUGAGGAAGAUGAAGAUGCAGUUUCAGACGUGAGGCUCACUGGGUGAUCAUUUCAUUCUGAUCAACUUGAAUGACCAGGUGAAAAGUGUAAGAGGAACGUGCUAUGACUGAGGCAACUCACAAUUUUUUAUUGCCAGUCUUUAUGUCUUUUGAUUCUACAAAAGAAACUGUAUCUACAGCAGCCCCUAAAGCCCAGGAAUCCAGCAAAUCAUCAACCAGUGUCAUGACUGAAAAACAGCGGGAAGAAGAAGAAUGGGAAAGCAUAAAUGUGCUGUUGAUGACACAUGGCUUGAAACCGUUAUCUCUAGUUAAAAGAACAGAUAUGAAAGAUCUCAUCAUUUUUGACAAACAGUCAUCACAAAGGAUGAGAGAGAAUUUAAAAACUUUGAUGGAAGAAACAUCACGUCAACAGAACAUGAUCCGGGAGCUCAUAGAAACUAAUACGCAGCUUAAAAAUGAACUUCAGCUAGAACAGAGCCGAGCAGCAGAUCAGGAACAACGAGCUAAUGAUUUGGAACAAAUUAUGGAGAGUGUGAAAUCAAAAAUUGGUGAAAUGGAGGAUGAAUCUCUAAAUAGGGUUUGCCAGCAACAGAAUAAAAUAGGAGAGCUUCAGAAGGAGCAUAAAGCUUUGCAGGCAAAAUGUCAGCAUUAUAAGAAAAAACGAAUGGAGCAACAAGAGACUAUUGCUUCUUUGCAAAAGGAUAUCUAUAGAUUAACAAAGGAGGAAGAAGAGCGCAUUGUCACUCAAAACAGAGUGUUUUCCUAUCUCUGCAAAAGAGUUCCUCAUACCAUCUUGGAUAGACAGUAAUGUUUGCUACAUAAAUUGAUAUGUAGCUAGAUUCAUAAUUUUUUAAAAACAGAUUUCGUCUUGGAUGUGGUUAUAUCUCUUUUAAACUGGAGAAGUCUUCCUCUCCCUCUUCUCUGCAUUUUUUUUUUUUCCUUUCUAUGUCAUUAACUUGUUGAAGAAAAUGGUCAUUUGUCUUUGGAGAAGUACAUGCUAGAUUUAUCUAUUGCUUUCUUGCCAUGUGAUUAAUUUAUCCUUCUAUAUCCUGUUUUUCCUCUAAAUAGGAAGUUAGAACUAAAUUCAGAUGCAAGUAUUUUUGAUGAAAUAUUUAAGGUGGUGAUGUAUGCUUCUAAUUAUAUCAGGAGGCACAUAAUUUUAGGGAUGCUAAGAUUGUUUUAGGGAUGUUAAGAUUGUUGAGGGGGUUCAAAUAAUAAUCUGAUCCUUCCACUGUAAAGUUUCCCAUCAUUCUUUCAACUAAUUGUCUCACCCAUUGAUGAUCUUGCAAGAUUGUUUUCAAUUCUGCUCUUUUUUUCUCUUUUCUUUUUCCUGGAAUUCUUCCAUAAGAAAUAAUUUUUCCUGUUGAGUAGGCUAUUUAGUUGUAUUAGUUGAUUUGUUACAGGGAAGGUGAGAGCAAUGCUCAGUUUUUUGUUUUUGUUUUUUUGUCUUUUGUCUUUUUAGGGCUGUACCUGCGGCAUAUGGAGGUUCCUAGGCUAGGGGUCAAAUCGGAACUAUAGCUGCUGGCCUACACCACAGCCACAGCAAUGUGGGAUCUGAGCCACGUCUGCAACCUACACCACAGCUCAUGGCAAUGCCGAAUCCCCAACCCCCUGAACAAGGCCAGGGAUUGAACCUGCAUCCUCAUGGAUACUAGUCAAGUUCGUUAACCACCGAGCAAUGCUCAGUUCUUUUAUUUUAAUUUUCACUUUUUAGAGUAAGGAAUUGGUGUCCUAAUGAUCUCCAAUGAUAAGUGAUAAGAUUUUUUAUUUGUUGAUCUCUUUUUUUCAAAUGUUAUUAACUCAUGGGAUUUAAUAAUCAGAUUAUUCUGUCAUUGUCCAGUGGGAACUUUUUCAUGUUGGUACUAUAUCCUUUUGACCCAGCUCCGUUAAUCUGGUUAGAUUUCUUAUUAGGCAGAAUGCACAUCCUGUACGUUUUUGCUCUAAGAGUUCUUUUGAGGAAUGGAGUUAUGUAUUUGUUAAGACUAACACUAAACGUUUUAAUAUCAGCUAAUUUAAAGUUAAUUAAUUCAAUAUUUCUCAAAAGAGCUCUGGUUCCUUUUAGUCAGGAAUGGUUUUUAGAUACCACAGUUUGGGUGUUUAGGUUGCUUACCUUUAUUUGUGUUGUCAUUGAUUUUAGGACUUUUUAGUAGCAAGUACUAGGAACUUUUCUGGGGAAAAAGACAAACCACUAAUGAUUUUUUUCCAAUGGAAACUGACAUUACAGGACUUUUAUUUAAACUCUGAUUUUACAUUUGUAACUCUUUUCUUCUACACUGAAAAUCCUUAUUCCUAAGAGUACUAUCAUAAUUAUUUGCUUUAUCCUAUAAUAUAUAAAAUUAGUUUCAAAAUAGUAAUACCAGAAUUGCUACUAACAAUAAGCCUACUGAAUGAAAUUUAAAUUUAUUUGCAAUUAUCUUUGACAUUAAUAAUAUAUUCUACAGUGUUCUAAAAUAUCUUGAAAUAUUUAUUUUCCAUAUGUUUGUUACACCAAAUUAAUAUAUAGUUACAUUUAUUUGUCUCAGAUUGUUUUCAGCUUUUAGGGUUGGCUUUUUAAAUGUAUAUACUUUUGAAUAUGUGAGACAUUUAUACAGUUCUAAAGUCAAAACCCUAAUUACUUAUAUUUGAAGAAAUUGUGUUUUCAUUCCUGUCCUAUUAACCCUACUCCUUACUUCUCCCUAUAGGAAAUUUAAAUGCUUAGUGUUAUUUUUUUAGCAAAUACAGGCAGUAUGAAUAUUACAUUCAUACUUCUUUUUUGUAUAAAUGUAGCACCACCACUUUCACGUAAUAGUAUAUACUAAUUACAUUUUAAUUAGUCUUAAUGUGUUUACAUAGUAGAAUUGGUGAUCUUUACUAAUUAGAUAUUCCUAUUUUACUAUAAAAAUAAGUGAGGUCACAUAUAAGUUAAAAACAAGUUAAAACUAUAGAUUGUUUUGAUAAUUAUUUGAGAGAUAUGCAACAUAUAUACACAUAUAUAUACAAUUUUUAUCUUUUUGAAGGAAGAACAGGGAUAAAAAUAUAAAUAAUAACAAACUAUAGUUGGAAGUAAGUGUGAAUGAAUAGAAAAGCAAAGAAAAGGUAGGAGUACGGAAGAACAAAAAGGAGAGAGAUAAUUACAGUGGGAGAAUAAGCGUACUAAGAGAGAGGAAAAAGAAUGAAAACAAAAACAAAAUAAUAGCCAAUUUGAGUGAGUGAGAGGGCAAGAAAGAGAGAAGUACUGAAAGAACUUACCAAGUGCCAGAUGAAGUCAAGCUAAUUGAGGUAUGAAAUUAACGGCCUAUAGAUUAUCCACUUUACUUGGUUUUUAAUAAAUUUUCAGUCUGAGUAAAGAA